AUGGACAUGGACGUCGACAUGGACGACGCCGUCCCUUUCAGCCAGGAGGACUGGACCAACGGCGAGGAGGAAGACAUGGAGUGGGACGCGGCGGUGCUCGAGGCUGCGCUGCACGAGCUCGACCACCUGCGCCACGGGCGCGUGCCCGAAGCAUCGGAUGCGACGCCCCGACCCACCCACGAGCGCUCGCUGCUGGACACGAACGACGCGGGGCUGUCGCACGCCGACGGCGGGGUCAUGUCCACGACCCACGAAACCGGCCAGUCUUCAGGCCCGAGGGUGGUGACGAUCGUGCCGGACACCAACGUGCUCGUCCACGAGGGCGGCGCGUCGCUCGAUCGAUUGCUGGGAAGGUUCCGAGCCCGCAUCGGCGCGGACGGUUCGGUCACGCGCGCGCGCGUGGCGGUGCCCAGGAAGGUGGUGCAGGAGCUCGACGGGCUGAAGACCCACGCGGGCGGGGCGGGGAGCGGGACGGGGGACAGGAGGUCGGAGGUGGCGGCGCUGGCGAGGAGCGUGAACCGAGCCCUCGAGCGGAGGUUGGUGGGCGCUCGGCACAAACACGAACACGAUACACAAAGGGACGCCGCUCGUGUCGAUGAGGGGGACGCCGAGCUCUUGGUGCAGGGACCCGCCGACGCCGGCGCGAUGAGGGUGCGGAUGCGCGCGGAGGGUUUGGAAAAAGGCGGCGACGAGGAGAUCGUCUACUUCUGUCAGCGGCGCCGAAAGUCGCUGGGCGAAGUCGUCGUCCUCCUCACCGCCGACGUCAACGCGGCGGUCACGGCGGCGUCCGUCGCGGGACCCGGCGACGUGCCCGUCUGCGCGUUCCACCCGAACGACGUCCAGGCCAACGACGUGUUGGCGUUGUUCCGCGCGGUGGGGUCGUUUUACGCGGGCGCGGAGGAACGCGUCCGCGGGGUAGUCGCCGACGUCACCGCAGCGCCGGGGAGGGGAAAGUCUGUCACCGUCGGGGAGAGAGCCGGGGAAAGCGGGGGUUUCGUCCCCUCGGCGUGGCCUCCACCGCCCCGCGCCGCGCCCGCCCCGCGCGGCACCCUCGGUCACGACCCAACGACUCUCGCGGGAGGAGGAGGAUCGUCGCGGCAGGGACCCGCCGCCACCCGCGGCGGGGUUCCCGCAAACUCGGACGAGGCGGCGGCGUCCGUGUCGCGAGUCCUCGACGCGCUCGACGCCGCGUUUCCCCCCGCGGUGGAGGCCAUGCUGAGGGAGGAUCUCGGGGACAUGUGGGCCGUCGCCGUGCGGGACGACGCGGAGGACAUACUGGAGUUCACCCCGGACGACGCGUUCGAGGCGUUAAGGAAAAACCUCAUGACCCUCGUCGCCGGCCGGGGCCCGCGCGGAGCUCGGGGGUACCCUCGCGAGGCGAUGGACUCCAUCGCCGUCGCGAGGAGGCAGAGGCGUCAAGGGCGCGGGUGGGUCGGGGACCGGGUGAACGCGCUCGGGGUGGUGGCCGCGGCUCGCGACGUGCUGGCGUGUCUGCCCGGGGACAUCCCGGAGGUGGUUGCGGCGAGAGACGUGGCGGAGGGACGCAGGCGGGAUUUGGCGGGGUAG